GUACCAUAUUCUAAGCCAAUCAUCCUUAUUACCAACCGUAAUCGUAAUGGGUGCAGUUAAAUGUAUGAUUGGUAGGGUCAACUGCGGGGAGAUAUGAUAUCCGCUGGUUAAGUCCUACCAACUGCAUGUUGGAAAAUGCUGUUGGAAAACAGGAGCGUCCAUGCCUGCGGUAAUUGUAUAGUGAUAACGGCUUGUCAGAAACAUUCUAGGGCAAUCUUCGGCGACAUAACUCUUUGAUCGUAAGUUUAGGUUAGGUGCCUGUCAUACUCGGUGGGCAAUUUUCUAGAUAGGUCUUUGUUCCCCGUGGAGAUCAUAUCUUGACCCGGAAUCUGCCUUCUCUCAUCUCAUUUGGCUUAUCGACAACUGAAAAUCCUAGCGCUCAAAUUUUUUAAAGUAUAAAUGGAUACCAAUAAUGAUUUCAUUAUCGUCGGUGGUGGACAAGCUGGCUUAGUUGUUGCGGCACGCCUCACCGAGGAUCCAAACACUUCAGUUCUUGUCCUCGAAGCCGGAGAUGAUCACACCACUGACCCUCGCAUCCGUACUCCAGCACUAUGGCCGUCGCUUCUCGGCAAGGAAGAUUUUGACUGGGACUAUCGCAGCGUCCCCCAGAAAGGACUCGAUAAUAAAGUCAUACCACUUUCACAGGGAAGACUUCUGGGAGGCUCUAGUGCUAUCAACGGGCAGGCUUUUGUAGCUAACUCAAAGAGCUCCAUAGAUGCUUGGGCUGAAUUUGGCAACCCAGGCUGGGACUGGAAGACUUUAGCACCUUACUACAAGAAAUUCCACACCCUCUCACGUCCCUCGGCGGCAGCCUGCGACCACCUACGUUUAGGUUACAUCGACGAUGCUAUUCGAGCUACGGACGGCCCAGUUCAGGCUUCAUUCCCAGAAGAGAUCAAUGAUCCACUUCCAACAGCAUGGGUAGAUACUCUCGCUACCCUGGGGUAUCCGGCAUCUGGAGACCCAUUCUCUGGCAAGCUGACCGGCGGGUACAUCAACGCUAUGAGCAUUGAUCCAGCCUCGAGCACCCGCAGCGACUCAGCUACAGCCUACCUAGAACCCGCCAAAUCCAGACCCAAUUUGCACGUUGUAACGGGUGCUAUGGCCCAAAAGAUCAUAUUCAAUAACGAUGGGGGUAAUCCAAAGGCCGUCGGUGUACAAUUUCAAAAAGAAGGCCACAUCAAAGUAGCUAAAGCCACCAAAGAAGUUAUAUUAGCAGCUGGGGCUUUCGGCACACCGAAACUGCUUGAGUUAUCAGGAGUUGGGUCUCGAGAUCUUCUCGGGAAGUUCGGCAUCCCUUUGGUGGUAAACAAUCCCAAUGUCGGCGAGAACCUCCAGGAUCAUCUAAACGUCGGUGUUAGCUUCGAAGUAGCUGAUGGUGUCAAGACGAUGGACGGCCUCAGCCGGCAGCAGCCUGAAGCUAUCGCGGCCGCUAUGGAGGAGUACAUGGCCAAGAAGACCGGCCCAUUUGCCGUUGGUGGAAACUUUGCAGGUGGGAUGCUGCCCGUUAUGGACUUCGUGAAGGAGUCGAAUGGUCAACAAACACUAAAGGAUGUCCUCGAAGCUGCAACACAGGAGGCUACCCAAGAUGCCUUCUCGCCCUUUCAUACUUCCUUUGUCCACUCGCUGUUAGCACAGCCGGAUGAAGCCGCAGGGAACUUCUUCACCUAUGCCGCCUGUGGUAACUUUAUCCCAGAAGGUGCUGGGGCCGACAUAGUGCACAAAGCUAGCAAUGAUGGCAAUUUCUUCACUAUCUGUGUCGCUCUUCUGUUUCCCCUCUCCCGUGGCAGCUCUCACAUCACCUCACCUGAUCCCGCUGAUAAGCCGGCUAUCGAUCCACGUUAUCUUGAGCACCCUCUAGAUAUUGAGGUAUUAGCUAGGCUCUUUCGUUAUAUUGAUACAAUUGCCCACUCUGAACCCCUUAGCCAUUACCUCAAGCCUGAGGGAAGACGCAGCCGCGGCGCACCCGGCGAUUUGAGCGAUCUAGCACAAGCAAAGGAAUAUGUCAAAAAGGCAGCAUUGACCUGCUGGCAUCCUACAAGCACGUGCGCGAUGCUCCCACUCGAGCGGGGUGGCGUCGUCAAUCCAGAGCUCUGUGUGUAUGGAGUUGACAACUUGCGUGUGGUUGACUCCAGCAUUAUGCCAAUUACCACCAGAGGCAACCCAUUAACUACAGUAUAUGCAGUCGCAGAAAGAGCAGCGGAUUUGAUCAAACGGACUCAUACCAUCGAUGUUUGAGUUAAGGUAAACUCGAGGCAAUUACCCUCAACGGAUACACCAACACACUUGUACCUGGGUCUAGAUAGAACCUACGGAUCUAAAUUAGACUGCUAUGGUGAUAAUAUCUUUUUGAGCAUUUCCUAGUGCUUAAUUCAACGUCUUAUUCCUUAAAUGACAUAGUGACGUGGCCUAACCACGACGUCUACCGGUAAUUAACAUGCAAAUGCUGGGUAAAGGUACCUACCUUAGGUAGAGGUAGGUAGGUAGAGCAAGAGAUAAAGUUGAUCCUGCCUCAUAGAAGUCAUUGAAGGCCCGGGCACUAAAAUUGUCGAAGUGAUACAUGCAUCCUUUUCUCCCCCUCCGAUCAUUCCGGUAACUCAAUAGUCCAAGCCUUGCCGCAAAUCCUUCAUCCCCGCUAAGCACAACCCGGCACCCCCCCUUCCACCACAAUCCCUUAGCCGCCAUCAAAUCUAAAUGUCACUGGGGCCCAUUGGGAAUG